CUAAAACUCAGUAAUCAUUAAUUUCAACAACGAUCUUCAAUUUCAAUUCCUAAACAUUCUUGUGGUAGAUAUCUGAUAACACAAUGCCAAAGGGUCCGGUUACCAAUGUUCUUAAUAUCCCUCCUGGAGCAAGGAGCAAAAGCUUUCGACCUCUUGAGAAUAACCCCGAAGUUAUAUCUAAACUCGCUCAUAGGCUAGGCUUAUCCGAUCGUCUCACAUUCACGGAUAUCUACACUAUUGAUGAGCCUGAUUUGUUAGCCUUCAUCCCUCGGCCUUGCUACGGAUUACUGCUAGUUUUUCCAGUGAAUGAUGCUUCAGAAAAGUUCCGCAUCGAAGAAGACGAACAAGUAGAAGAAUACACGGGACACGGCGACGGCGAAGAAGUCAUAUGGUACAAACAGACAAUUGGGCUCGCGUGCGGAUUGAUAGCGCUACUACAUUGCUUAUCUUCUGAUGAUGUGCGCUCCUUCAUCACCCCAAAUUCGACAUUGGACCGCCUGAUAUGCGAUGCGGUUCCUUUGGAGCCCAUCGCACGAGCAAAUUUGCUCUGUGAUUCGGAAGCCCUUGAGAUUGCGAAUGAAGCAUCUGCUACGGAAGGCGACACAGCAGCUCUACCUGCAGGGGAGGCACUUGAUUUGCAUUUUGUAUGCUUUGUAAAAUCCAAACGCAACAGCCUCUGGGAGCUUGAUGGUCAUCGAAAGGGACCCAUUCUGAGGGGUUCCUUAGGCGAGGAUGAUGAUCUACUGAGUACGGCGGCUUUGGACUUGGGGAUACGGCCAUUCCUAGACCGAGGCAAGGUAAUUGGUGGCGAAGACCUCAGGUUCAACAUCAUUGGGCUUGUACCAGACCAGGCUGCUCAGUGAUGUCGAAAACAACUUAUCGGAAUAUUUGGCACCAAGUCUAUUGGGAAAAGAUUCGAAAUGCCCAAAAUCAUGAUCAAUAGCGCCAAAACGUCACGCCAAAAAUUGAUAUUCCUUAUUUUUCAUUAUCUUACUCCUGAUGAUAAUUAUUAGGGUAAUUUCGCCUAUAAAUACGUCUAGAUAGAUGAGUUCUUUGCAACUGGGGCUAGUAUAUCAAUCCAAUCGAAUUUGCCACUAAA